CAGGGCGGGCGCGCGUCCAAAGAGACUUGCAAGCGCACGUGGACACCGAUGGCGUGGGUGCCCGCAGCUGCCGGAAGCGGAAGUGGAAGUGGGCAAAAAAGGGCCCUGGGAAAUGGCAAACCAUCUUUCGCGAGGAAUGCCAAUGUCUUGUUCAUCGCAGGAAAAAGUCUUCCCACCACCAUCAUCAUCCUCGUCCGAUUUUGGGACGCCCGUUUCUUCCCUCUUCUUUAGCCAUUGCCGCCUAAGCCUCAAAACAUCUGGGGCUUUUUGUUUCUGUUCUAUUUUUGCUGUAGGAAGUCGUUAUUCUUUAACAGCUUUUUAAUAGCUUCAUUUAUUCCCCUCCUCGUUUAAUUCUUUGGUCGCAUACGAACUCCUCUGCCCGGAAUCGUACCAUGGCUCCCCCUACCGCCCCCCUCAACCUCGACGUCGAGGCAAUAUCUGGCAUUUGCGGUUCAAUCUCAAUUGCCUGCUGGGUCGUCGUCUUUUCGCCCCAGAUCCUCGAGAACUUCCGUCGCGGCAGCGCCGAUGGCCUGUCGCUGCAGUUCAUUAUCGUCUGGCUGGCGGGCGAUGUUUUCAACAUCCUGGGUGCCGUUCUCCAGGGCGUCCUCCCUACCAUGAUCAUCCUCGCAAUUUACUACACCAUCGCCGAUAUGGUGCUCCUGGCACAAUGCUUCUAUUACCGGGGUUUCACCUGGAAGGACGAGGUCGUCCCGCCAGCCCCGAAAACGCGCAACCGCACCGGCGAACCGAACGAGCGGACCGGCCUCCUGCCCUCGGCCAUCAUCGAUCGCGAGCGCCGGGGCUCCGAUUGGUCUAACCUCUCCCCUGCCGCGCCGAUGCGCCCCGAGAGCGCACCCGCUCCUCCUCCGAGACCGACGACGACGCUGCAGGCCCUCCUGUGGAACACCACCGCCGUGCUCAUGGUCUGCGCUGCCGGCAUAGUCGGCUGGUUCCUCAGCCGCAAGUACUCCCACCCCGAGGAGCCCGGCCACGAGACCAACGACAACGAUGCUCUGACGUUCAACACUCUUGGCCAGGUCUUUGGCUGGCUCUGUGCCGUCUUCUACCUCGGCUCCCGCCUGCCGCAGCUUCUGCUGAACUACCGCCGCAAGUCCACCGAGGGCGUCAGCAUGCUCUUCUUCCUCUUUGCGUGCCUUGGGAACUUGACCUACGUGCUCAGCAUCUUCGCCUUUGACCCUCGCUGCAAGCACGACAAGUGCGCCCCCGGCGAGGCGAGCGCCAUCUACGGCCGCUACAUUCUGGUCAACCUGAGCUGGCUGGCAGGAAGCUUGGGCACCCUGCUGCUCGACAUGGGCAUCUUUGCGCAGUACUUCAUGUACCGCGCCGAUGAGUUUGCCAGCGACGACGAGGAGGAGGGGGACGACCAGAGCAUCGACGAGGAUCAGUGGGACCAGCGCCCUCUGCUCGCGCGCGGUGACUCUGUCUACCAGUAAGAGGUGGCAAAACCUCGACAUGGUGGAUUUUUUUCUUGAAUUUUAUUACGGGAUUACAUUGGUGAAAAUAUUUACGGGCGUACUCGAUACACGGAAAAGGGCCGGGUGGUCAAUUUUUUUUCUUCAAAAAGCAUUCACUGCAUUACAGGGCUGGGCAAAAGAAGGUUUAUACUACCAUCCGGAAAAUUAAAAAGGGGCAGGGUUGGAGAGGUAGAUCAUCCGCCAUGGCAUGGAUCAUUUGGCUGUUAUUUAUCUUAGAGAAAUCGGACACCUUUUCUUGACCAGUCCAUCCCAUUGCGCCAGCGAC